AUGAGAUGUUUGGGAAGAGUUGCAAGAGUCAUUUUCGGACUACUUCUGGUUGCAGUGGUCGUGUCUACCAAUACGAAAUUGCUUCUAAGAAUCCGAUGGGAAGAUGUGGUACAAGAUGAUUUCUUGGUCGGAGAACCUGCUCGUAUCCAUGACUCUAAUGUGCAUCAUCGUGGAAGAGCAUCAGAAACUGCAGAUCUACAAGAAGGUGGCGCACCCAACAAGGACACCUUAGUCAUUGGAAGAAGAUACAGCGCCAAAGCUUGCCAUCUCAGCCCUCCUUGGGGUAUGCCUUCGGAGUGGACGGUCCAAAAUUCAUGCGUCGGUAAAGAUAUCCCGAGCCCUUUCACAACCGCUCGGCACCUAACUUGUGACGAUGACAAACCGUCUGAUAUCUUACGAUCCAAUGGAGUCACUGUGGCCUUGUUGCAUUUUGCAAAUCCUUCCAUGUUGUUGCGACAGUUACAAACAUUUGCUUCGUACCCAAUGGAGGUGCAGAAACAACUGACCAUUUUGGUGGUCGACGAUGGUUCACCGCCUGGUCUUCGAUCUGUCGACUACAUUUCAGCAGGCAUGUACGAGUCACACUUUAGAUUGCGCAUAGCUCAGAUUACGACGGACAAGGCAUGGAACAUUGGAGGGGCUCGCAACCUAGCCUUUCACAUUGCUGAUACCUCGAGCGUUUUCCUGCUGGACCUGGACAUGGUUGUGCCACUAGAAACGAUGCAUUCACUUCUCACUUGGGAAGUGAGGAAUUCUUCCCAUUCCAUCGCACAUAGAUUCAAUCGAAGGAAACCCAAUGGGAAGACUGGAAAGCAUCCAGCAGUGGCGCUACUGGAUACUGCGGCCUAUUGGGAGAGUGGUGGUUGCGAUGAGGACUUUUGUGGGCGCUAUGGAUUUACAGACGUGCAUUUUUGGAAGAGAUGGAAGGCGAGCGAAAGAAAAGUAUUGCGUGACCGAAUGAAACACUUCAUCAAUGAAGUUGAUCAGAUCCCAUGUGAUGAAACUUACAUCAUCAAUCCAGCAACGCUCCAAAACUGCACUGAUACAUUAAAAACGCUGAAGUUGCCAUCGAAGAAUCGAGAACCAAAUCGAAAGCUCUUGCAAAAAAAGUCGGUUGAUGGCUGCUGGUCCAAUAGGUUCCUGCGCUUUCAAUGGGUACUACAACUGUAA